UUUUAAACAAAAAAAAGCCGGUGGUGCGAUGAUGAUGAUAUUUCUGUGGGCGAAUGUCUGGCUAGCUCGUUUCUUCUACAACAAUUUUGCGUUUUAAUACAAAACGAAUGUGUAUUUGUCGAUUUUUUGUUAUUACUUCAUCAUAUAUUGUUUAAAAUAAAUUGUGCUUCUAAAAUUCACGUUCAUUCGUGCUCUAGUCAGCUUUCAAUUCACUUGUUUCUAUUUCUACAAAAGGAAAACAAACUAAACAAAAAAAAAACAUUUCGUAACCUCGAGAGUUCUGAGAGUUCCGAAAACAUUUGUUUUUUUCUUUUUUUUUUUUGAAUAAAUUUAUUUGCCUACUUGUUGUUUGGAGAAGAUAGCCAUUGUAAUUUCACAAUGGACAUAAUUGAUUUACCUUUUAAAUGCGAAUACGCAAAAAGUGGUCGCGCAUCGUGCAAAGGAUGCAAGACGAAUAUUGGAAAGGACAGUCUUCGUAUAGCGGCCAUGGUUCAGUCAGCUUUUCAUGAUGGCAAACAACCAAAUUGGUUUCAUGAGCAAUGUUUCUUUAACAAACAGCGACCAGGCUCAGCUGGUGAUAUUGAGAAUUUUGAAAAUUUGCGAUUUGAAGAUCAAGAAAGAGUAAAGAAAACUAUUGAUGAACUAAGUGGUUCGGCAGUUGUUGCUGGUGGCAAAGGUAAAAAACGCUCCAAAGCAGACAAUGCUGCAAUGAAAGAUUUUGGCGUUGAAUAUGCCAAAUCAGCACGUUCCGCAUGCAAGGGCUGCGAACAAAAGAUUCUAAAAGAUCAAGUACGUAUUCGUAAAACAGUCUUUGAUACCGAAGUUGGAAUGAAAUAUGGAGGUCAACCACUUUGGCAUCACAUAACGUGCUUUGCUGAGUUGCGUGGUGAACUUGGUUGGUUAACUAGUGGAGAUCUUUUGCCAGGAUUCAAAAGUCUUUCUAAAGAUGAUCAAAAAGCUGUUAAAGAUGCUUUGCCUGCAAUGAAAGCUGAAGACGUUCCCGAUGCUAAAAAGCCCAAACUUGAAAAGAAAAAUGAAAAAGAACUUGCCGAAGAGAAAGAAUUAGCCGACAAAUUUAAAUCUCAAACCAAGAGACUUUGCAAAUUCCGUGAUUACAUAAAAGAUGAAAUGAAAAAAUCCGAAAUACAUGAACUUCUUGAAGAAAACAAUCAAAUGCCACCAAGUGAUUCGUCAAAACUCUACGAUCAGCUAGCUGAUAUGUUGGCAUUUGGUGCCAUCGAACCAUGUCCCAUGUGCAAGGGAAAUCAAAUACUAUUCCAAAAAUCCGGUUACAUUUGUAAUGGAGACCUAACUGAAUGGACCAAAUGUAUGAAUGUAAUAAAAGAGCCAAAGAGAAAACCAGUUCAUAUUCCUUCAGGGUUGAAAGCUAGGUUUUCCUUUUUAAAAGAUGUCAAGAAGAAGGUAGAAGUUCGUGCUAUUCAAUAUAUUGCACCAAGUGCCUCAACAAUAGCCAAAAAUAUGGCUAUGAAAAAAGAGGAUGAACUUGAUGGUCCAAAAGUCAAGCGUGAACGACCUCCUUGCUACCUCUUCCAAUUUGCCCAUAUUAACUUGAAAGAUUCUGAAGAAAGUUUAAAGGCACAAAUUGCUAAGCUCGGUGGAAAACUUGAUACAAAAAUCAAUGAUAAAACUAUUGCUAUUUUUUCCACCCAAAAAGAUGUCGACAAAAUGGGCGCUCGAAUGCAAAAGGCUAAAGAAUUAGGAAUUCAUGUGAUUCCUGUAACUUAUUUGCAACAAGUCGAACAAGAUCCCUCUGGGGCAGUUCGUUUUAUCUCAAGUUCAAGCUUAUGUGAUUGGGGAACUGAUCCAUCGGCCCGUUUACCUCAAGAAGAACUAAAAAGCUCCUCAUCCAAGAGCAUUUAUACUAAAUCCGUACCAAAAUCAAUUAAAUUAACUGUUAAAGAUGGACUUGCUGUAGAUCCCGACAGUGGACUGGAUAGAGAAGCUCAUGUGUAUGUUGAUGGAAAGGAUAAAUAUAGCGUUGUGCUGGCACAAACUGAUAUACAAACAAAUAAAAAUUCCUACUACAAAAUGCAGUUGUUGCAAGCAGAUACCAAAAACCGAUAUUGGGUCUUUAAGGCUUGGGGUCGUAUUGGAACAACUAUUGGAAAUAAUAAAUUGAACAGUUUUGAUACUGUCCAUAGUGCUAAAAGCUCAUUUAAAGAUGAGUAUUUGAAAAAAACUGGAAAUGAAUUUGACGAUAGAGACAAUUUUGAAAAGCGACCUGGCUGCUAUUAUCCAAUCGAUGUUGACUUUGCCGAAGAUGUUAAAAUCGAUCUAAAUGCCGAACACAAAGUCAAAUCAAAAUUGGAUACUUCUGUUCAAGAUUUGAUAAAACUCAUCUUUGACAUUGAAACGAUGAAACGGACAAUGUUGGAAUUCGAUUUGGACAUGGAAAAGAUGCCACUUGGCAAGCUGAGUCAGAAACAACUUCAAAAUGCUUACAAAGUUCUCACCGAAAUUCACGGUUUAGUACAGAAUUCCGGUACAAAUAGUCAAUUUAUUGAUGCUACCAAUCGCUUUUAUACUUUGAUUCCACAUAACUUUGGUGUACGAAGUCCUCCGUUGUUGGAUACAAUCAAACAAGUUGAGGAUCUUUCAGCAAUGUUGGAUUCAUUGAUGGAAAUCGAAUGCGCCUACAGCCUUAUAAAGAAUGAGGAAUCUGGUGAAGAUGUUAAUCCAAUUGACAAGCACUAUGAACAAUUGAAAACAUCAAUUGAACCAAUUGACAAGAAUAGCGAAGAAUUUGCUAUGUUGAAGAAAUAUGUCAAAAACACCCAUGCAGAUACUCACAAAAUGUACGAACUUGAAAUUGUCGAUGUGUUCAAAGUGGCCCGUCAAGGAGAGGCUAGGCGUUAUAAGCCAUUUAAGAAGUUACACAACAGACGUCUUUUGUGGCACGGUUCUCGACUUACAAAUUUCGUUGGUAUCUUGUCGCAUGGUUUGAAAAUUGCCCCACCAGAGGCACCUGUUACAGGUUAUAUGUUUGGCAAGGGUAUAUACUUUGCCGAUAUGGUAUCUAAGUCGGCAAACUAUUGUUGUACGAGCAAACAGAAUUCCACUGGUAUAAUGCUGCUUUCUGAGGUGGCUCUUGGUGAUAUGUUUGAAUGCACAAGUGCCAAUUAUGUGACCAAGUUACCAAAGAAUAAGCAUAGUACGUUUGGUAAGGGUCGUACAAUGCCUAAUCCAGCAGAAUCAAUUGUGAGGGAAGAUGGUGUAGAAAUUCCAUUGGGAAAAUCCUUAACAGAUCCUAAGUUACAAUCCUCGUUGUUAUACAAUGAAUUUAUCGUCUAUGAUAUUGCUCAGGUUAACAUUCAGUAUUUGCUUCGAAUGGAUUUCAAGUACAAAUAUUAAAUUUAUGUAUACUCUUUAGGAGUUUUCAUUGCAGAAAAUUCUUUUUUUUUUGU